UACCAUAAUACGCUUACGCAAUUGGAACGCGUAUAGCGCUUGCUCGCGUCCCUCCUCCACCCGGACCCGGCCUGGAAGUUCUCGGCGUCAGCCGACCACCGCGCCGAAUUCCGGCACGACGUCGCCAUAGGCCAAAACACGAUGGGAUUCCCAGAUGAAAGAGUACAAGUAGAUGCACUGGAGAGACACUUACUAACUGGUUUAUCUUCAAACGACUAUAAUGGAAGUUUUGAGGAUGAGGUCCUCUAUGAUGCAUCAUUUGCAGAAAUGGAAGAUAAUUUUGUCAAGUAUCAAAUUGCUCAGUGGACUUUAUUAUCUCUAUUACUAAUCAUAGCUUGGGGAGUAGGACUGCUCAUGCUACUUUACAUACCUAUUCGAGCAUAUGUAUGUCGAAGCGACUUUCGCUCGAGGAAGCUAUACUUGACACCACAUGCUGUUAUUUACAAGGUAAACAAGCCUUUUGCUUUUCCUUGUUUUGGGGUUUUCAAGAAGGAGAAACAUUGUAUCCUCCCUUCAAUUUCUGAUGUUGUUGUUGAGCAAGAUAAGCUCCAGUCCGUUUUUGGGGUAUAUUCGAUCAGGAUUGAGAAUAUCGGUGUCAGAAAGCCUCGUAGUUAUGAUGUAAAAAUUACUGGGGUUGCUCAUCCACAUGAUUUCAGGAAGGCUGUUCUAGUCCAUCUUUUGAACACUAGGAAGCUGAAGUUCAGUCAAAAAGCUUCAUCGCAUGACCAACAGAGCAGAAGUUUGAGUUCUACAGCUAGUUCUUCGGAGGCUCCUCUUGGAGAUUUGAUGCUAGAGAAGCUUGAUGAAGUUGAAAUCUCUGUAAAGAAAAUGCAAGCACUGCUGCAGGGGGCUGAAACUUCAAAGAUUAAGACCACAUCCAGUUGACUCAAUGUAUGUUGACAUUUCACAGGAUCGAACAAGAUGUGACUGGUGCUGAUCGACCCCUCUUUGCUCUGGUGGCUAUCAGUAUCAUGGAUUUAUCAUCGUGGCUGCUGUUGAUAGCAGUUCGGCUCGUGCAAACAUUUUUGCAGUGGCUGUAUGAAUAGCUAAUGGUGCUUGUUGUAACUUUGUUAUUGUCAUAUGCUCCGUCCUGUAUAUUAUUGUCCAAUACGGAUGGUGAUGGCUUGCUAUUAUAUGCAGCUUUUUCUGUAAAUCGUGCAGGGAACUUCACUUUCUGCACAUAAAGUCGUGUAUAGUUGAGAGGGAGCAAUCAUUCAUAUUGUAAUUUGAGAAAGAUCCACUUGGUGAUCAGAUUAAUUAGUGAAACCAAGUCACUACCUUGCAACUGAUGAUGUCAAUAUCGUGCAUUGAUAAAUGAUA